CGCCGCUUAGUCCACGCACGGGCGAUCGAGGAUGUGCCGUGAGGUGUUAGCCGCGACGCGAGCCGUUCGACUACGCGGUAUUUCGCGUUCGAGUACGUAGUACUUGGCCCCGUAGCGAGGCGCGCACGAGGUCCCGCGAUUGGCCAGUUUACGAAAACGACGAUGGCUCCGUGAGGAGAGGAGAACAUGGCUGCGACGCAAGCCGAGAGCCAACAAAACGAUGUGAAGCUGAACGAGUCCGUGAAAUGCGCACAGAAGCGUACGCAAGUCGGUGGGAAUAGUGCGAGUGUUAGUGCGAAGCAGCAGCUGGAUUCCGAGCCGGACGAUAAAGUGUCCCGGGGCGCGGCCCAGCUGCUUAAAUAUGUGAAUCGCGGCGGCGGGGACACGACGGGCUACGAGAUGAGUCAAUACCGCGAGGACAUUGGCGGACACACUGCCGCCGGUGAGGUAAACGCGCCGCGCGAGCCCGGCCAGCCCGGGCCCCAGGAGCCCGUCCCCGUCGGCAAGCAGGAGCCGCACGACGCGCCCGGCCAUCCCGGUCACCCGGGCCAUCCGUUCGCGCCAAACGUGAUACGCGCCUACGCGGACGAGUACAGCAACAACAAGUCCGGCGAGUUCGCCGCCGCGACCAAGUCGCUCGCCGACUAUCCGCCCGGCAAGCAGCAGCUCCCGGAAUACGUCGCCAAGCACGCCGACUUUCCCGGCAAGCAGCAGCUCGACUACCAUGGUAAACACUUGAUGCACGACACCGAGCGGACCCACCGGGCCGAGAUGGAGGAGCACUACUCCACAUCCAAGAUCGAGUCCCGGCUCUAUGUUGGCGCCAGCUCCGGCAACUUCUCCGGCCAGCCGAGGUUUCUCUCCGGCCAGGGUAUGUCCCAGACCGCUGGUCCUACGCCUACCUUGAACCAGUUGCUGCAGGCGUCCACUCCGGUACAUCGGUUUCACGGCACGUAUCCCGGAAUGGGACCCGAGUAUCAACAGCCGUGGCCUAUGCAAAGGCCACCGGUUGUGCCUCCCGUUUAUCCGCAACCCAGCCAGCGUCCUCCGCAAACGGGUUCACCGAGAUUACAUACAGGGCCAGGAGCUCAGAGUUCUCCGACACCCAUGCAAUAUCAACAAUAUACCCAACGAUAUUCCUCUCCUACGAGACCGCACGCCCCAUACAGUCAUCAUCAGCUAAACUCUUAUACGACGCAAACCAGUCAUCCCUCAAGCUUAUAUACGGAACAAAGGGGGUGGAAUCAAGGCGGUCCACCAAAUCCGCCUCCACCGCCGAGUAAUCAGGUCACUCCAUCGGGUCAGUCGCCACAGCGCGCUUUGUCUCAGUCUCCAGCUCCACCACCUGCUGCGUCACCGCAACCACAGACUACCAGCCAGUCCCAGGCUUUCCACAAUCUGCAACAGCGAGCUACAACACCAAAUACUCAAGGAAUUGACUCUGGGGAAUUAUCAGGACAGAAUAGUAACGACAGUUCGAAUGGACCAGCUUGCCCAGGGACACCGAAUUCUCAGGGGAUGAGACCUACCCCGUCACCUACAGGAUCCACAGGUUCUCGCUCGAUGUCCCCUGCUGUUGGUCGGUCUUUUUUACGCCAACAAAACGUUCAGAUGCCUCCACGUCCGUCGAGUAGCCAGUCGGAUGGUAGUGGACCAGCACCACGCAUGAGUCACUCUCCAAUGACCACUCAAGGAGCAUACCAACAGCCAUUGGGUCCUUCACCACACAUGCAUAGCUACAAAAUGAACAGCACUGGUCCUGGUGUAGUGCAACCGGGACCCGGCUCGACGGCUCUCGGUGGAAUCAGCCCAAUGGGUGGUGGGAUGGGCUAUGCACCUGGUGGAACAGCUGCGGGUCAGCCUGGAGGUUAUCAUGCACAAUCUACGUAUCCACCUCCGCGUCCUCACAUGCAGUUUCCACAGGGAUAUCCAACGCCUGCAAACUCGCAACCACCACCCAACAAUCAGUAUCAGCCUCCCAACAGACCCAAUAAUUUAGUACAAUAUCCACCGUACACGCAUAAAAUGGGCUUUAACAGUGUACCACCGGGAAUGCCACCGAGUCCGGGACCGCCGCAAGUUUAUGGUGCUGGUGGUACGACCGCAAUGGUACCGCCAGGUGCUCCGGGAGUACCCGUCAUCGGUAACAUGGGACCGCCUGCGAGCUCUAUGGGUCCGCCACCGCCGUCUCCUAAUCACAUAAGUAACCAACCACCACCGCCUACCAGCUCGGCGGUACCACACUUACAUACGCCGGCGGCCACGCCGCCUCUCAAUCACGAGGGCAGCCCGAUGCCACCGCCAAGUACAACACCGAAUUCACACCCCGCGUCAGUACCAACUCCCACCAGCCACAAUUCCGCAGAUCUCACGGCUGAAACUUCCAAUGACAGCGGUAUAACCACGACCGCUUCAGGUACGUCAGCUAUAAAUGUUAUAUCUACUUCGAGUGGUACUGUGACGUCUGUAAUAACAACAGGUCCAGACGGUACGUCUCUUGAUGAAGGUUCGCAGCAGUCGACGUUAUCUAACGCAUCAGCUGCCUCUGGUGAAGAUCCAGCGUUUACACCAAAAGUGCGGAAGGAGAUGAUAGGAGGAUACCACAGCCAUCCUGCGACACCGCAAAGCACCGUUCCGUCUCCUGGCGCUGCUAGCAUUAAUUCGAUUCACGAGGAAUAUAACGAAAUGAACAGUCCUGGUGGUUGGCCGCGUCCUCCUGCUAGUCCUGUGUUUAACAGUCAUGUGCCUCAAGACCCGUACAGAUCUAAGAAGACAGAUAGUCUGGCAAAGUUAUACGAAAUGGACGACUCGAUAGAACGAAGAACUUGGCUGGACAAGCUGGUCAACUUCAUGGAAGAGCGAAGAUCACCAAUCACCAGUUGUCCUACCAUCUCCAAGAACCCCCUCGAUCUAUUUCGGCUUUACCUCUACGUGAAGGAGAGGGGGGGCUUCAUGGAGGUAUGCAAGGUGACGAAAAACAAAACGUGGAAGGAUAUAGCCGGCCUCUUGGGCAUCGGUGCCAGCAGUAGCGCUGCUUACACAUUGCGCAAACACUAUACGAAGCAUCUGCUGGCAUACGAGUGCCACUUUGAUCGCGGGGGUGUGGAUCCGCAACCCAUCAUCAAUCAGGUCGAGGCGGGCUCGAAGAAAAAGGGAUCUAAGGGAACUGCUUCCGUACCAUCGCCGGGUUCUUCCAAUUCUCAAGACUCCUUUCCCGCUCCUGGAUCGAGCAACGCUUCCAUGGACGGUUAUGGAAGCUAUCAGGGUAGUUACGCGAGCGGCACACCCGGUGGCCCAUCGUCGGAGUACACGCCGCCGCCACCUAGGCCACCCAGUCAAAGCAGCGCACCCUCCGCCCAUCAAGGGAUACAACAGGGUAGUUACCAGAACACGGGUUCCUAUCAGAACUAUCCGCAAGAGCAGUACAUUCGGCCGCAGGGAAAUGCGCUGUCUCAGCAGGGAGAGUUCAGUCAACCGUACUCGCCUAGAACGCAUUAUCCUCCAUACGUCCCCGAUGUCGACAGGGGAUACCCAGGUGGUAACAUGCCGCCGAACAACGCUACUGGACAGGACAUGUACAGAUACACCGGUGGUCAACAAGGUCCCGCUAGCUAUCCCACAGGAACACCUCCUAACGCGCGGAGUAACAGCUAUCCGUCGGGACCGCAGGCUCAUCCGGCCGCUGUGCAACAGCAGACGGCGACCAGUCAGCCUUCCUCGCCCUCACAACCGCCGACUGUGUCGUCAUACUCGUGUCCGCAAGAUUACUAUCGACAGGAACAAAGUGGAUACGGAGCGCCCGGUGGAACUCAAAUAUACACUGGAAGUGGCUCGGCUAACAAGAACAUGCCACCGCCCCCUCCGGGACCCACUCAACCUAGACGCCACCCAGACUUUGCCAAAGACCAACAGUAUCCCCAGUAUAAUCAACAACGACCGGCGUAUCCAGGAUGGCCAAAUACAACUAAUCAGUACAAUAGUAAUAGUGGAAACAAUAGGGUUCAGUACCCAAGCCAACCGGCGCCGUCGCCAUCGCAACAACCGCCACAGCAACAACCGCAACAAGGAUCCCAAGUCGUCACCGCUGCCCCAACCCCUUCAGCGGUUGGCAGUAUUGCUAGUAGUCAACAAUGGGCCAGCCAGCAAUCGAACAGGACCCCAUCUCAGCCGUCGCUGAACGCUAUACCGCACCCACCUCCACCGUGGGAUCAUCGCUACACGAAUCAACCGUCCCCUUUGUAUCCAACACCCGGGAAUCAUCAGACUCAACUCGGAGUGAAUCCCAUGAUCAGCCAGCAACCGACGUCAAAGAGAGAAAUGACAUUCCCUCCUGACAGCGUAGAAGCGAUUACACCUCUUUUGUACAAGCGACGGAAAUUGACGCGCGCUGACGUGGCACCAGUAGAAGCUUGGCGCAUCAUGAUGGCUUUGAGAUCUGGUCUACUCGCCGAGAGCUGCUGGGCCCUCGACGUAUUAAACAUUUUGUUAUUCGAUGAUUCUUCUGUCAGUUAUUUCGGAUUGACACACUUACCCGGACUACUGGACGUUCUGCUGGAGCACUUCUCGCGUUCUCUCUCCGACAUGUUCGAAUCAUGUGUAAACGACGACGAUCGCUAUUGCCAGGCCGCAGACGGUCCGGAGGUAGAUCUCGGCGCGGUGACGCGCCCGAUCGAUUCGGAGGAUCGGACGAAAUUGCUGUCGACAUCGAAUUAUACGUAUCUCUCGAGGAGAGGUCGCCCCGUCAAGAUCGUCCCUCGGGAUGACGAUCUCUUCGUUUUGGACACGCGGAGGCCUUGGGAUCAUCAGGAGUGCGAGUCGGAAACCGAGCCAUGGCAAGUCGACACAAACGCGACCAAAUAUAUCGUCACGUGUUUUCAAUCUGAAGUGGGCUCGGUGCCUUUCGCCCGUUUGCUGAGGGACGAGAAACCGCCGCUGUUGCAGAAAGAAGUCGACAGCACGGAUCUGAAGGAGGAAGCCAAAGCAGACAACGUCGGUGGUGUCCACGAGACGCUGGACUUUACCCACAAGUCCGGCGAACUCGGCGACAAGCAAUCUAGCAAGGAUAGUGGCGAGCGCAAGCAUCAGCAGCAACAACUGGACAAGAAGAAGAAAACGAAGACUCUGAGCGACGUGCUGUCGAGGAUCAAGAAGGAACCCGUAGAGAUGAACGAUCUCACGAGGGAGCUGUUCGAGAAGAAGAACGACGGCUUCAAGAAGGAUUGCGACAGCGAAGUGACGAAAGCGAACAACAAUAUGGGCGAGCACUUUGGCAGUGAUGUGUCGAAGAACGACGAGGACUCGUUGCCGACGCAGAAUGGAUUGAACGAAUCGACGGCUGCGACGGCGGCAGCACCAGGCAACAUCGACAACACCAUAGACAAAACAGAGAUCAAGACGGAAGCGACGGAAGAACACGACCUGGAAACGACCAGAGACGACAAGGAGGGACCAAGAUUAAACAUAAGAGAUCCGGCAGGAACGCUAAAGCGACGGAGGAUAAGCGAUUACGAGGACGAGAGCUACUCCAGGGACGAGGCGAGUCUCUACCUGGUGACGGAAACGCAGGACAGCCUGGCCCGUCGUUGCGUGUGCCUGUCGACGAUCCUGAGGAAUCUCACCUUCAUCCCCGGCAACGAGGCGGAAUUCGCGAAGAACGUUACGUUCCUCAGUCUACUCGGCAAGCUGUUGCUGCUCCACCACGAGCACCCGAUACGGGCGCAAAAGACGCGCAAUUACGAUCGCGAGGAGGACGCGGACUUUGCGGACUCGUGUAGCAGUCUACAGGGCGAGGGCGAAUGGUGGUGGGACUUCCUCCAUCACGUGAGGGAGAACGUUCUCGUGAUGGCCGCUAACAUAUCCGGCCACAUGGACCUGAGUCAGCAUCCGGAGGAGAUCUCGCGGCCGGUGCUCGACGGCCUCCUGCACUGGGCCGUGUGCCCGGCCGCGCACGGUCAGGAUCCCUUCCCGACGGUCGGCCCGAACUCCUCCCUGUCCCCGCAGAGACUCGCGCUCGAGGCGCUGUGCAAGUUAUGCGUGACCGAGUGCAACGUUGACCUGGUGGUGGCGACGCCGCCGUACUCACGAUUACAGAGAUUAUGCUCGGUGCUGACCAGGCUCCUCUGUCGCAGCGAGGAACAGGUGCUGCGCGAGUUCGGCGUGAAUCUGCUGCACUUCCUGUCGGCCGCGGACAGCGGGGUCGCGCGCACCAUCGCCCUGCAGACGCCCUGCGUCGCGCUGCUCGUCGCGUUCAUCGAGCAGGCCGAGACGAGCGCUCUCGGGGUCGCCAAUCAGCACGGUCUCGCCGCGCUGCGCGACAAUCCCGAGUCGAUGGGCACCAGCCUCGACAUGCUGCGGCGCGCGGCCGGCACGCUACUCAACCUCGCCAGGCAUCCGGACAACCGAACUCUCCUUCUGCAGCACGAGUCCCGCCUGCUCGCCUUGGUGAUGAGCCAGAUCCUGGAUCAGCAGGUCGCCGCGAUAGUCGCGCGUGUGUUGUUCCAGUGUUCGAGGGGCACGUAACUCUCUGUCGUCGGUCGAGACACUAUUACGCGACUCGCGCGGAUAUGUUGUUAAAUAACGGUGCCGACGGUGACGACGAUGAGUAAGACGCACGCGACACAGCGACGUUGUCGCGGUGGUGCGACGUCGCGUACGGACGGCAGUAGUGCUGUAGUUUAAAAAGGCGGGCGUGUGCGGCGUGAAAAGCGGGAGAUAUAGACGGAUAUAUAUCUGACGGAGAAAAGAGAGACGAGGGAGGGACUUGGAGAGUGACGAGAGGCGAGAAGAGAGAGACACGCGCGCGACGUGAUACGAGUGCACGAGUGAAGGAACAAAAGUGCUGAUGAAAAGCCAUGGCAGCGCAGUUGUAGUUUUAUAUCGAUUAAACAGGAAGUAAGAAAGUUUAAUUAUUGGUGUUAGCGUGUAGGUAUACCCGAUGCGAUCUCCGCCCGUUGGUAUACCUUCCCCUUCGAUGAAUUGGAAUAAUAUCGAUAGUGUAAGAUAUUUCAUAGUUAAUGAAAGGAAAAAAGGUAUACACAUACACAUAGAGAAACCACACGUAUUGACACGCAGGACACACACGGUAUAUCCAUAUUUACAAAAUAUAUAUACACGACACGUGACACACGGAUACAAACACACGUGCAACACACAUACUUGCGCGCACGUGCGGCCGCGAUAUAUAACAUGGACACAUGAUAUAUAUAUAUAUACACAUACACAACACACACACAAAUAUAUGCAUACGCAGUAAAAAAAAGAAAACGGACUUUCAAGAGACAACGGUCAGCUGCAUAAUAAUAUAUAUACCAAGAAUCAUGUCGGCGAACCUUAAUGGUGCGAUGUGGAAUGAUAUAUCGGAUGAUAUAUAUAAAUAUUAAACGAUAAUAUAAUGCAAAUUUUUAUAUUUGCAUGUUUUGUGCUGUAAUUAGCGAGUAAUUAAGAUAUUUUGUAGAUAACACUUCCAUUUGAAUCUUAUUCGAUUUUCGUGCUGCGGCUACGGUGGCGCAAAUAUACGUUUGCGGCUGUAAGGCCGCGGAGAAGUCUCGAUUUUAGAAGCACAGGCAGAAACUAGAACUGAAGAAAGACAUUGCUAGAAGAGAAAAAAAAAUAAUAUACGUGUGAUAAAGCCGCUGAUUGAGAAGGAACAGUAGCAGAGAGAAAGAGAGCGUGAAAGCGAGAGGGAGAGAAAAGGAGCGAGGAAGCGUGCAUGCGUGCGUACAUGUUUAUGUAUUUGUGUAUUGCGUGCAUGCAUGUAUGUAUCUAUGUAUGUAUGUAUGUAUAUGUUUGACAGGUUCAGCGAGAGGAAGAGGGAGAGAAAGAAUGGAAAAAAGACGGGGAAGAGCGGUGGCGAAGGGAGAGAAAGAAUGAGAGAAAAAAUGUUUCGAGAUAGAAUGCGGGACGACGGAGAUGCUGUAGCUCCCUUUAUUCUGAAAUCGUUCGGGCCGGGCUCUGUCCCUCCCCAUUCUGGAAUCCCCUUUCGAUACUCUUACUCCUGCAGUAGCGGAACGCCGUCAUACGGUCUUCGCGUUCGUCCCAUUCGCUUCUCCUAUUCUACGUACGGUUAACGCGGCAAAGCCAGGCGCGUUAAACGGAAGCGAGAGAGGAAUUCCAGUUUACAGGGGAGAGACCAGCUGUUCCAGAAUAGAGAGGGGAUUCAGAGUAGAGCGGGCCUAGAGCACACAUGUCCGCCCAUAAGUACUUGUGUGCGUGUUUGAUAUGUUCGCGCGAGUGCGAUACGCGCAUACGGCGCUUCGACAAACGGGGGGUCCCAUAUGUACGCGUAUUGAUAUAAAAGAUGGAUUUUAGAGAAGAGAAAAUGCGUGCUGCGUGUUUGCGCGUGUAUGUAUGCACGGAGGAUGGGGGUGCCGGUAGAAAAAGGGGUGGGGACAGUGUCUGUGAAAAGAGAAAGAAUACACAAAUAUAGCUUGCGAAACUAUAACUGAUCAAUUUAGGUAGUCACUUAAAUUACCGUUUAAUUUUGCAAUAAUUAUUUGAAUUCCUAGAAGGUUCAGUAAAUGUUUCCUUUUUUUUUUUUUUUUCCUUUUUUCAAUGGCUUCCUUUCGAAAAGAGAUUUGAAAGUAGCGAAUCUAACUAACUGCAGUCUUUUUGGAAUAAACGUAUUUAUAAACGUAAUUAAACGCCGUUGUGAUAACAAAAAAAGAAAAUAUAAAGAAAAAAGAACGGACAGGCGGAAGAUGAGGAAAACCAACACUGUAGAUGCAGAUGAAACUGAUUCUGGGCGAUAAUGUAGAAACGAAUAUAUUAAAAAGAUAAAACAAGAGGAUUUUUAAAUUUAAGCUCGAUCGUGCCAUUAAACGAUUCUAAUGGGAAUAUAUUUAUAACCAAGAUUUUAUGCUUUUUCAAAGCGCGCAUAUACGUUAUGGUAAAACUAACAAAUACCGAUUGUCAGCUUGCACAUAUUUUGACGAUUCUUAUGAUACAUACAUCUAAUUGUAAACUCCCACUCUCACGAACAUUUACGCAGCAGUUGCAAGGAAAAGAAAAAGAGAAAUAGAGAGAAAGAGAGAGACGCAUUCGAACUCGUCGUCGCACACCUUCCACUGGUAUACUUCCUCGUUUCGUAGAGAGAAUGAAUUUAAGAGAGACGGAAUGACGAUUUAGUUUUCACAUACGACGUGUAGCCGUUUAAAACGACUCGAAUUCUUGCGAAGACAUACGAUUUAGAAGCGUGUUGAGAUAAGUUAAACAGAACACUUUCCCUGGUCCCAGCUUCUCCCCGACCCCAAAGUAUCCUAUUCUAUAGAUAUCUAAAUACAUGUAGCUCUUAAAUUAUUUACUUUAGUUCGAGUGGAGAUGCCUGUAAGUGUAAUUUACUAAGACUUUUUGUAAAUAAAUUAUGAAAUAAACUAGACGUACUUUAUCCAA